UCUCUCGUUCCUAGCAAAGAUUGCUUUUGAAAACUACUAUAGCUAUAAUUUUUCACUGUUGGCUUUGAAUGUAACAAAACAUGUCCCAACGUUCGAUUUCAAGCUAUUUUCGCAAGGAAACUUCACAGAAGGAUUGUGUUGUAGAGAAAGUCCAAAUCGGAUUCGGAUUUUGUACCCUCUAGAGAUAGUUGCACUUUCUCACCUGAAUGUGAUGAACGAAAAUCGGAGAAAGAAAUAAGGUCGGCAUCUACGAACUACUCGUUACCGCUUUCGGCCAAUUGCCCUGUUCUGAGCGAGUUUAAGAACGUAAAUGUAAUAAAAAAAAGACUCUAACAUCCCGAUAGAAAGUAACAGAAGCAUGUUAAUUGAUAAAAACAACAAUCGCUCUUGCGACCAUAUUACGGAUAUUAAUUCACCUUUAAGUGACGAACAAGAGCAGAAUGUAAAUCAAGUCGUUCCAGCAUUCAUGCAAAAAUUUAGAAAAGCCUGGAUAAAUUCCGAAAAGUUUGCAUGUUUUGAGUCGUACGGAAAAGAUUCAUAUUACGCUUGGUGUAAAAUUUGUCUUGAGAAACUCAGUGUAGGCCGAGGGGGCAAAUCCAAUCUUUCCACACAUUUGCAAACUAAGCGUCACAUACAAGCAGCUAUUAAGGUUGUUUAUCCAAAAGAUCAACUUAUAGAUACAUUGAUGAAUCCUUCCAUAACUGAGCAAAUUACUGAAGCAGAACUUAAAAUUUGUGCAUGGGCCGCCGAGAAUAAUAUUUCAUUUGCAGCUGUUGAAAAAUUAUCUGAUGUUAUAAGAUCAAUCGAUUCAAAAUCGGAAAUUUGUUCUAAGCUCAAAUUGGACAGAACAAAGUCUUCUGCGAUUGUCAAAGGCGUUUUGGCUCAAGAACAGCAUGAACGCUUGGUAACCAAAAUGAGAAAUCAAAACUUCAGUCUAAUAAUUGACGAAUCAACAGACAUCUCAACAAACAAAACCUUGGCUAAGGUCAUUCGAUUAAUGGAAAGUAAAAAGGAGAAGUUUAAGGCUGAAGAUGUGUUUUACAAAGCUAUUGAGCUGAAAGCUGGAGAUCAUAGAACCAUUUAUCAAGCCAUCGUCGACGAAUUCAUCAAUGAUGACAUUGAUUACAAAAAUAAAUUGAAAGGUUUUUCUUCUGAUGGAGCAUCUGUUAUGAUGGGAUCUGAAAACUCAGUCAUGAAGCUUCUGAAAAAAGAUUGUCCCGAUCUUAUUGUUAUUAAAUGUACCUGUCAUUCAUUGGCUCUAUGUGCAAGCUAUGCAUGUGCCAAAAUACCGUCCUAUGUAGAGCAUUUGCUGGAAGAUAUUUACAACUAUCUCGCGCAUUGAUUCAAGAAGUCGUCGAUCUUAAGCCACUAAAAAUGUUGCACCCUUCUGCAACAAGAUGGUUAUCACUUGAAGCAGUGGUGAAAAGAAACUUAGCUAGAUAUGAUAAACUAAAAGUUUUUUUCUCGUUCCAAUACAA